AUUGCAACAUGAUCUAAUUUCAAUUUUCAAAAUGGAGCUUCUCCUUUAAUAGAACAAAUUAUUUUUUUUCACGAUCAUACUUUAAUAAUUCUUAUUAUAAUUACUAUUUUAGUUAGCUAUUUAAUAAUUAGUUUAUUUUUUAAUAAAUAUUUAAAUCGAUUUUUACUUGAAGGGCAAAUAAUUGAGUUAAUUUGAACAAUUUUACCUGCUAUUACAUUAAUUUUCAUUGCCUUACCCUCUUUACGAUUAUUAUACCUACUAGAUGAAUUAAAUAAUCCUUUAAUUACUUUAAAAUCUAUUGGUCAUCAAUGAUAUUGAAGUUAUGAAUAUUCUGAUUUUAAUAAUAUUGAAUUUGAUUCAUAUAUAAUUCCAGUUAAUGAUAUAAAUUCUAAUAAUUUUCGAUUAUUAGACGUAGAUAAUCGAAUUAUUUUACCAAUAAAUAAUCAAAUUCGAAUUAUAGUUACAGCAACAGACGUAAUUCACUCUUGAACUAUCCCUGCUUUAGGAGUUAAAAUUGAUGCUAAUCCUGGACGUUUAAACCAAACUAAUUUUUUUUUAAAUCGACCUGGAAUUUUUUUUGGACAAUGUUCAGAAAUUUGUGGAGCUAAUCAUAGUUUUAUACCUAUUGUAAUUGAAAGAAUUUCAAUUAAAAAUUUCAUUAAUUGAAUUAAUAAUUACUCUU